AUGAGUUACAACGCUUUAUUUCUGCAGGAAAAAUAUGAGACCUCUACUCCUUUCACACCAUUCAUAGAGUUGUCGAGACAGCCAAAGCUGGCCUUCGUAACACUUUUGUUGGCACUACUCACAAUUUCUCUUGCUCUUGCCACUGCUGGCUCAAGCAAAGGUUUUGUUCAGAAGUUCAUUUACUAUACUAUACUAACUGCCAUUGGUAGUCUGUUCUUUGGUAUCGGUACGGUUUUCCUAAGUAAUUCCUUCGGUGUGUAUGUCUGA